UUAUCGUUGGUUUUAUUUUCCCUUAUAGAGAUUUCAUAAUUUAUUGAAAUUUUUAAUAUAAAUUGUAUAUUUGAAGUACUCACCAUUAGUCUCGAACUUAGACCUUCCUCUUUAUAAUCAGGAUGCAUACCACUUCACCAUAUGAAUUUUGCUGGACUCCAUUGGAUUUUACUCCAUGCGUUGAUUUCAGAAUUAAAAUUCUAUAUCAUAAACGCUUUAGAACUUUUUAUAAACUUAAAAAUCAUUGAUAAGUUCAUCUGAAACCCAUUAUGAACAUCAAAGUUUACAUUGAGUUCACGCGAAACUUUUCGUAAACUCACCUUGACAGUUCUUGUUUGUUUUGUUUCUGCUGCAGCUUUCUCGCGAACCUCAAAUCAUUCGAGCUACAUUUCUGUUGCGGUCAAGCGAAAUCUUUUAAUUUAUUACUUGUGAUACUGGUUUACUCGCUAAGGUACGUCUAUUGACUUGAAUAAUUAUAAAUGCCCAUUAAAUAAUUCAUCCAAACCUACAGCAAUGCCAUUCGCCGUCGUAGAAACGACCAACGCCAGAGGCUGCAAAGAAUUGUCGGUUGUUCCAGAUAAAUGGCUGCGAAGCUCCCGAAACGGAAACAUUGUUCUUUGGCCGAACGCAAAAACCGUCUCGGAGCAAGAAAAGUUGAUCCGUGAUGAAGGGAGCUGUCCAAAGAAAUCGUGGCUCAAAUAUAAAUGCAUGGUUAAACGGAAUCCGGUUUCAUCUUUUGCUGAGGCAAAGCGAUUAUUGGAAGAACUAUCUGGCGAGUCAUCUUCCGACGUCAGUGAACUCCAGCGACGUAAAAGAAAGGCCACCAGCCGCGACACCAAUGUUUUCCAAAAAAUGCUCAUUCUGGAAAACACGAGCCUCCACCCAUCUCUCCCAGCACCUCAAGCUUCAACAUCGAACGUACAACUUCCAGCUGCCGCCAACGACUCGCUGGUAUCACAUUCGCCGCUUCCCAUCGUCAUCGAGGUAAGAGGUAAUGCUGGUGAUGCAUUUCAUCCGGAAAGUACAUCCCUACCUGCAUCAUCACAAGCCCCUGUGUUUGCUCCAGUCAUUGAAAACAACGCUGAAACAUCUCCGUAUGAAAUUCUUCCGCAAGGACCAGCACAGUCCAGCCACUGUGGCUAUGAGGAAGUCGCCGAGGACAACAUCGCUACCGUUCAAUAUGUGACAUACGAGUCAGAGCAUCAAGCAGGUGAAACCAACAAUGCAGUACACAAAUUGUUGACUGAAAUCUUGGAACAGCAGCAGCAAAUCAAUCGUCGUUUAGAUCUGCUUGAAAGGCGUGUAGCGGACAUCGCCACACAAAAUGAGUUCAUCUUGGACGCCAUCCGAAAAUUGAGCUCGUGUGCCGCAAAUAACCCGGAAGAGCCACUGUCUUUCCGAUUCGAUCCCAUGGAACAGGACCAACAGCUUGCUGACCUGGAGGAAAAACUGGCGGAUAACGAAUUCAGAUCAAACAUGGUUAAAUGGUUGCGCCUGAACGUCAGUGGUGACUGUGCAGAUAAUCGCAUGCUUUGCGUUCUGGAUAUGCUAUUCAGUAAAGAUUUUCAAACGAAGUGCACGUGGACGGGAGCUAGUCGGAAAGGGCCUAAGCUUGCCAUAAUGCCAAACCGCAAUAUUCUUCAGGUUUUCCAGCAGAUCGGAAGCGACGAAACGGAAGUCGUCACCCAACGGAAGCUGGCGGACUUUUUUAAGAAAAAACUGAAGAACUCGCUCAAACGCUCGAUCGCUAUUGGCAUUCGUCGAGGAACCCGGCAUGUAAGACGCAGGAAACAAACGAAGGCAUUGGAGCAGGACGUGAAAUCGGAACCUGUUGGUGGAUCGUGCAACGCAUUAGGUGACCAGAUCGAUGAAGCUGCGAUGAGUUGCGAGAGUUUCGAUGAGCCCGAGUCUGAGGAUGCUGGUUCGGCCGUAAACUCUUCAGACGCUUUAGAUCAUGCAGACAUUCCAACCGACUCGAGUGAUGUGAACGAUUCCAGCGAAUAACUGCACGCACUGAUUAACUGUUAUCAAAGACUGCAUAUAACGAAGACUUUAAGAUUUUUUUUAAUGCAGGUUUUAAUCAAAAAAAAUAUUUUUAUUCUCAUAAUAUUUUACAUGAAAGUACAUGAAAAGGCUUUUUUUUCAAUCAUUGUUAUCUGAUUAUUUUUCUUUAGAAGUCAAUUUACAUAAAUAUGUAAUCUUCUCUUUCAUACGCAAAAUGGUUUUGAAUUAUUUUAAUUUUCUGUUCAUCGUAAAAUAUUUCAACUGUUGGAUUUUAUAAAUGUAUGCACCAAUGGAAUAAACACUUGAUGAUCCCCAAAUUCAA